AUGGCCAAGAUCAGAUCAGCAAUCACCAGCCUUUCUCCCUUUCUCGGAGUUUUAUUACUUCUUCUCUCUGUUUCGGAUUCUUUCGUUCUAAUACAAGGCGUUGGUUUUGGAAUUAACUACGGACAGAUAGCCAACAAUCUACCUUCUCCAUCUCGUGUUGCCGUUCUUAUAAAAUCUAUGAACGUAAGCAGAAUCAAACUCUACGAUGCUGAUCCCAAUGUUCUACUUGCCUUCGCCAAUUCGAAUGUAGAAUUUGUUGUAGGGCUUGGAAAUGAGUAUCUCCAGAGCGUGAGAGAUCCAGCCAAAGCUCAAACAUGGAUCCAACAGCAUCUUCAACCUUACCUCUCUCGCACAAAAAUCACUUGCAUUACUGUUGGAAACGAAGUAUUUGACAGCAACGACACCCAGAUAUUCUCAACCCUUCUCCCAGCAAUGCAAAGUGUUCAUAAUGCCCUUGUAAAUCUUGGCCUAGAUCAACAAGUUAGCGUCACUAGUGCUCAUUCUUUUAGAAUUUUAUCCAGUUCGUACCCUCCAUCAUCUGGAACUUUUAGGCAAGAUCUGAUACAAUAUAUUCAACCCCUUCUAAGCUUUCUAGCUCAGAUCAGAGCACCCUUUCUCAUUAACGCUUAUCCUUUCUUCGCAUACAAGGAUAACCCAAAUGAUAUUCCUUUAAAUUACGUACUGUUUCAGCCAAAUCCAGGGAUGACUGACCCAAAUACGAAAUUGCAUUAUGAUAAUAUGCUGUAUGCUCAGAUUGAUGCCGUGUACUCUGCAAUCAAGGCUCUGGGUUAUACUGAUAUUGAAGUUAGAAUUUCAGAGACAGGUUGGCCUUCUAAGGGUGACCCUGAUGAAAUAGGGGCUACCCAAGAGAAUGCAGGAAUAUAUAAUGCUAAUUUAGUGAAAUUAAUGGAGCAGAAGCAAGGCACUCCAGCUAAUCCGUCAGUACCUAUUGAUGUCUACGUCUUUGCACUUUUUAAUGAGAAUUUAAAACCUGGCCCCACAUCAGAGAGAAACUACGGCCUCUACUAUCCUGAUGGCACUCCAGUAUAUAACAUAGGAUUGCAGGGUUAUCUGCCAGAAAUGAUUAUAUCCAAGUCCAACGUUUUGUCUGUCAAUUUUCUCCUCUAUCUAAUUUUAGGAUUAUUAGUUUAUGUUGGAGAUAUUCCCAGAUCGUGAUAAGAGGGGGCUGUUAAGAGAUCACAGAAAAAUGUGGAUUUUUGGUAUAUCAUUCUUUUCCAUAAGGAAGAUAGUAAAGGUUCCAAAAGCAGCAAAGCUUUUACGUGUUGGCAAAUUCUGCACUCCCAUGAAUAGACGCAGCCCCAAUAGGCUGUGGACGUUAGAAAUGGAGUAUAGGGAUUCUAUGGAAGGUUAAUAAUACGUAUGAA